UCUUUUUCUCUCCCUCCCCUGCACGCAUUCAGCUGCUCCAGCUGUCGAUCUCCCCACUCACUUUCUCAGGGCCAUAGAUGCAGGAGCAGGACAGACAGAGGGACCACUUUAGCUCUCCACACUCACAACACACCAGGGACUACCACCGCCAGGGGACUAGAACAGCACAUCGGGCACAGGUCAACAAGGACACAAACUAGGGACCUGAAGAUAAUAGGAAGAAGAGGAUUUCACACAAAGAAAGAAGACUUGUCUAUACCAUUGAGCUGCUCUAAGCACCACAACAAGUCGUCGGCUUCUCUCAUCCUGACCUGAGGCGCCGCUACCUGUCUGACCCGCCGGCUGUGCCAGUGUGUGUUGUGUGUUAACGUGUGUGAUCCUGUCCUAUCUGCCAGUCAGUACGUGAGCAUGCGGGGCGUGUGUGUGUCGAUCCUGUGUGUCUCUGUGUUCCUCCGCAGUGCUAUUUCACAGCCACCUACAGAAAGUGACACCUACACGGAAUGCACAGAUGGGUAUCAAUGGGACUCUCAGACUCAGCACUGCAAAGACAUAAAUGAAUGUGAGACCAUUCCGGAGGCCUGUAAGGGUGAGAUGAAGUGCUUCAACCACUACGGGGGCUACCUGUGCCUCCCCCGCUCUGCCUCAGUCAUCCCAGCCCCGGACCCCCCCAGCCAGCCUGGGACCAACCUGGAGAGCACUGCCAGAGAGCCCUUCAACCCCUGUCCUCUGGGCUACGAACCCCAGGGAGACAGCUGUGUGGACGUGAAUGAGUGUGAGAGAGAUGAACACGACUGCCAGCCCAGCCAGCAGUGCAUCAACACACCUGGAGCCUUCACCUGCCAGUGUCCUGAUGGUUACCGCAAGGUUGGCACCGAGUGCAUUGACAUUGACGAGUGCAGGUACAGGUACUGUCAGCAUCGCUGUGUCAACGUCCCCGGCUCCUUCUCCUGUCAGUGUGAACCAGGCUUCCAGCUGGCCGGCAACAACCGCUCCUGUAUUGAUGUGAAUGAGUGUGACAUGGGUGCCCCCUGUCAGCAGAGGUGUUAUAACACCUACGGUACCUUCCUCUGUCGCUGUGACCAGGGCUACGAGCUGGGGCCUGACGGCUUCACCUGCAAUGACAUAGAUGAGUGCAGCUACUCCAGUUACCUGUGCCAGUUCCAAUGUGUCAAUGAACCCGGGAAGUUCUCCUGUCAGUGCCCAGAAGGCUACCAGCUGCUGGGCACACGACUAUGCCAGGAUAUAAAUGAGUGUGAGACUGGAGAGCACCAGUGUACUGAAGGACAAAACUGUGUGAAUAUCCACGGUGCCUAUCAGUGUGUGGACACCAACCGCUGCCAGGACCCUUACGUCCAAGUAACUGACAAUCGUUGUGUUUGUCCUGUGACCAAGCCAGCCUGUCGAGACCUACCCUUCUCUAUCGUCCACCGCUACAUGAGCAUCACGUCGGAGCGCUCCGUCCCCUCAGACAUCUUCCAGAUCCAGGCCACCAGCGUCUACCCCGGAGCAUACAACACCUUCCGUAUCCGCUCUGGAGACGACAAUAGAGACUUCUACAUCAGACAAAUCAACAACAUCAGCGCCAUGCUGGUUUUAGCCCGGGCCGUGACGGGACCCCUGGAGUACACAUUGGACCUGGAGAUGGUGUCAGUCAACCCCCUCCUGAGCUACCAGACCAGUUCGGCCCUGCGACUGUCCAUCUACGUAGGGCCUUAUGCCUUCUAGAGGGAGGAGAGAGAGUCAGAGACAGAGACAAAGGGGGACACACACACACACACACACACACACACACACACACACACACACACACACACACACACACACACACACACACACAGUAUAGACACAAGAGAGGAGAAAUAGGACACACAGAAGUAGUAUUGACAUACUGUACAUGUUUGCUCCCUGCCUCCUAGAGUAUCAUUCUCAACCGCUCCACAUUGCCCAUUUUUCAUGGUCCUUCGAGCCAAAUAGGGAGAAUUACCCUAGUAACCUUUGGUACCAACCCCUGAUAUGUUUUAUAAACACCCUCCAAUUGAAGAUAUAGAGAGAUGCAAAAAACAUUAUGUUAUCAUUGUAUCAUAAUCAUUCUCAUCCUGACUCUGUCAUUCCCUUGUUUUGAACAGACUCAUUCUCACUCCUAUGUUUUCAUGCUAUUCACAUUCCUUUAUGACAGUUUUCCUUAUCAUCCAAGGACACGACUCAAUAACCACUCAUAUCAAACCUCUUCAUCUGCCCUGUCGCUCCCGCAUCCAUCCCUCUCCUGAAUCAUACCUAGUCCUAGUGUUGAAGCUCUCACUCACUCACUCACCAUUUGUAGUUUUGUAACAUUACAGAUUUUGUUGUACUUUUUGACCAGGAAGCUGAUACAAAAUAAAACUAUAUACAUUUUAAUAAUGUGUUAACCAUA